AUGCCGGCCUCGCAAGCCUACUCACCUCGGCUGGAGUCCUUGGAACUCUCCAUGCGAAACUCUGUGCAGACUAUCCCACGGAAAAACUGUUUCACUGUGGUGGUUUUGCAAAAUCUGCAUCACAAGUUUGCUACGCAUGACACUCAAAAUCUGUCAUGUCGGGUUCCCAAGGGAAGACACAGCUAGAAAUCAAUUGUCUUGCAUGUGUAGCAUAACACUCACACUUCUGCGAUCCAUUUUCUGCAUCACAAGUUCACAGUGAAGCAGCUUCUUCUUGCGAUACAGACCCUGCACGAGGUAAUCGAGCAGCAGCAGAAGGAGAUCCUGUUGCUAAAGACCAAGCAGGAACAGCUGAGCAAGCGGUUGGAUUUCUCCGAGAAAACGAACGCGAAGCACCAGAGCGAAAUCAUCCAGCAGCAGGAGGCGGACAACAAAAUCUUGAACCAGCUCAAUGUCGUCGUGCAACAGAAAAAGCCGGACAUUGAGGACGUGAAUAAAUCCAUGGACGCGCUGGUGCAGCUGUUCGACGAGAAGCUUCUCGAGCAGUCCAAAUCCUUCGUCAAAUCAGACUAUUUCGACGACAAGCUUCUCGACUUCCAGGUGCAAUUUGACGAGCGGGCGCUGUUGCUGUGCGAUGAGGAAAAGCUGUACCCAGGAAAAAACACCCAUUCCCAUCCAAUUUGUGAUGCAACACAUGUAUGCAGUCCUGUGUUUGUCAUGCGUAAAAUGGAAUGGGAUCAUGGUUGUUUAUUCCUGGAUAAGCUGCGCAAGAUGGUUCUCAACGACGACAACAUUGUGGAAAAGCUGCUAAAGCCGGACGGGUAUGAGUUGCAAAAUCAUCGUGCUUGCAUUUAGUAUAAAUUGCAUUACAAAUUGAGUUAGCAUAAGAGGGCGAAUUCGAAUUUGGGAUGCUGUUUCAGUUUGGAGAUACGAUUUGUCAUGCAUAUCUGCGACUAGAAGUCGAGUGCGAUACUUUAAUUUUUGCUAUGCAUAACGGAUCCGACCCCAUUUCCAAGCACCUGCACGCCCUCGCCUACCAGAAUUCGCAGAUUGAUCUGAACGUUUCGAAGCUGACCAGUUGGCGGGAAAACAUGGAAAUGCGGAUUUCGCAAAUUUCUGAGACCGAGGAAGUUCACUACGAGCAACUAUUGAAGAAGUACUACGGCCUCCAGGAAGACUUUUCCGACUUCGUCCAGGAACAGAAAAACAAACCCACCGCACAGAGCCUCCUGGGCGCUUUAAUCUCCGCUCCCAGCCCGAAUUCGCCGACGACAUCGGGCGCUGGAGAGAGUAGUUUUCCGACCGGUUCUGGGGCCAAAGACGCGUCGUCACCCGGGGGCGGGUCGAGCGGGAUCGUGAGCAGAACUGGUGUCCAACACAACUUUUUCGGCGGAUUGGCUUCGAACACCAAUAUCGCAAAAAAAAACUGUUUCACUGUAAACUUGUAUAUGCAGAAGAUGUAUCUGAGAAGUAUUUGUCUUGUUACACAUGCAAGACAGUGGAACUUUACGUGUGUUUUCCCUUAGGAAUCUCGCAUGGCAAAUUUUCUUUGUGAUGUAGAACAAACAUGUGAUGCAAAACUUGCAAAAUCAUUACAGUGAAACACUUUUUUCAUACGAUAACCAACAACGCAAGCAUAAUGGCUCACAACCACAACAGUAGUGUCAAGGCGAAAGAUAUCCGCAGUAACUUUCCCCCCGUACGCGACGUACAAAUGCGGUCUCUGCAUGACAAAAUUUGGCUCCGAUCCUAGUCUAGCAUGACAAGUGUUAGUACACUGCAAAUUGGUGAAAUUUGUGAUGCAUCUUGUACAUUUCCGGGAAUAAAUUUGUAUUGCAUAAAAGACAUCGAGCGCAUUGUGAAUUCGGAGAUCGACGUGUUGCGUGCCGAUGUCGAAGCGCGGUACGACGUGCUGCACGCGAAGAUACAGCUACCAAAUGUAAAAGUGUCUGGGUCUGGAAGGUUGGAACUUGUGAUGCUAACUCUGGACUGUAAAAAAAACCUGUAUUGCAUGCCCAGCAAGAGGAGUCUAGUUUGUGCAACGCGGGGAGGGCAUUUGUCAUGCGGAGUAGCCAUCAGGAAGCCCUCUAAAAAACUGUGAUGCUAAGUCGUGCAUUACAGACAUCCUCGGUCAUGCAAAAUAUGCAGGACAAACCCGGCAACAUUCCAGACCCAGACAUUUUUGCAUUUCAUAACAGCUGAUCAGUGACCAAAUUUGGAAGGACCAGGAAAAUGCAGACUACCACUUCAAAUCGCCUGCCCUGAGCGUUUAUGCAGUGCAGCAAAAGUCUCACGUAUUUAGUACGUACUAAUUGCAACACAAAUUCUAUCUUGAAAAGGAAAAACCGGAUUAUUUGUGAUGCUGGUUCAUGUAUUGUAAAUGAAUUUGUCAUGCAUGUGAUUGCAAUUAGAACAAGUGCGUCGAAGAUGUUACUUUUGCACAGGAUAGCGGCAACGCAAACGCUGCCAGGAACAACGGCGGAGGAUUCAAAGCGAUUACGACGCCGAUUUUAGAUAAGGCACCAGACCAGGAAGACAACGGUGGUGGGGUUCUUGUGCCAUCCGCGGCGUCGUCAGCACUUUCCGAAAGCUGUGAACAGCUAAAGCUCAAUACAUCGUCGAGCGGUGUAGGACAAGGACGGAAUAUCAGUGCAGAUGACGGCAGCGGUGUCGGCGGCGCAGGAGGGGGAGCUUCAGCUUCCUCGUCCUCUUCUUCUAAUAAGGUCGCGCUGAAGCCCUCAACGCCCAGCCUGGUGUCGCCACAGGUUUGCGAUUACAACUCCGCUGGAAAGGAGGAGGAUCAUCAACAUGCUAUUGUCCUCGCUGGGAACAACCCGAAUCGUACCGACGAAGGAGACCACCAUCAAAGAAAUGACUUCGACGAUUUUCUGCAUAACAACAGCACGACGUUGCAGGGGAGCGUUGUCCUCCUUGAGGGGCGGGACGCAGCCAAGUUGAAAAUCCACCACAAGGGAAACAAGCAGGCAGGUGACAGCAACAGCAUGCAGAUUCUGCCGGCGAAUCUCAAAAAGUCUGAUCUCGUCACCAAGGACCAGUUUCUCGCUCUCACAGCGUUGGUCGAGUCCAAAGUCUCCUUGGCGGACCUGCACAGCAAGGUGUGUGGAAUCGUGAAUAGUAAGCUGAAAAACCUAAAUCUAGCUGGACAACAACCACCCGGAGCUGCCGGUGGAAGCUCGGGCGCGGAAGCAGCUGCUGCCCGGGGCAACAAGAACUCUUCGUCCUUGGUGAAGCGAAAUAACUUGACCUCCAACAAGAACCGCGCAGGUGUUCACGGAGAGCAGGCUAAUCUAGAAGGGCCUGCUGGUUUACUAUCAUCCUCACCUCCACGGCCAGCUGGGGACGAGGUAAUAGCACUCAGCACGACCGCGACGGAGCUUGCAGUGGAUAUCCAGCCCGAACAAUUAAUAUCCCGACCAGGACUGCUAGGUCUAUUACAACCUGAAGACUCCUCCUCGUUCCGAAGUCCGCUUCAAAGUCUCGCUCUGUCUACGGCCGCCUCGCCAGAUCAGGAUCCGUUGCGGGGGGACGACCACGAAAAUGAGGGGCGGAGGAAUUAUCAACAUAUCAACGCAAGCAAGGUUUUCAGCGAGUAUCUCAGUCGGUUCAUCUCGAUGGAGUCCUUUGCCGGUCCGCAGCAGGAUUCAGCAAAUUUCAGCACGAGAAUCCCAGAUUUGUACGAUUUGAAGACCCCGAUGUCAACAUCAGUACUCGCACCAGGGCAGAACCGCUCUACCGCAACUGGGAAUGACACGACCGGCUGCGGGCUAAGUAAUCCCAAGAAAAAACUGCGCACUCCCCUUAUAGUCAAGAUGGAGAUUCUUGUGCUUGACAAAUCCAGAACUUCUCUUGGAACUCACACAUCAUGAUCAUGACGAGGCUACGUAUGCAGUGCACGCGUCGUGGCUAGCUAGUUGAACAGCCGCAUCUAGAAGUCAGUUUGUCUUUGUUGAUGGUUAGAGCAUGACAAUUUGUUUUUCAAACAGGAAAAGAAUAUGGAUCUCAUGGACAGGCGCAUGCGAAACAUUCUAGCCAUGCAAGCUCAAAAAUGAUAAUGCAUUUUUACAGAUCAUCAUGUUUAUAGUGGGGUAGUAAAUACGUUUUUGCGCAGGAUAAGCAGCGAGAAGAGCCAGGUGGAGCAGAUCUGGCAGGCGUUGCCCUCCGUGAUCCAAAAACACCUGGACGUGGGGAACUACGUUCCCGUAUCCUUUGUAAAAAACGCCCCGACCCCAUAGUCAACCUGGGGAUUUUCAUUUUGCAACACAAACCUAGAAGUUUUGGGACUCACGCAUCACAAGUUGCAGUCCGUAGUGUAGUGCAGGUUAGCAAGGACAAACGCAUCACAAAUCCAUCUGCUUAUCCUGGUUACAGCAUUACAAAUGCCAAAACACGACUUCAUCUAGAAAUGCCUCUCAUGGAGAUGCGCAUUACAAAUGUUCCUGUGGUUGCGAAUCUGCAUUACAAGAACUCUGGGGUCGGGAGGACGUUUUUACAAAUGAUAUCCCGGAAACCAGAUUCAGGCUUACGUGGACGCCAGACUCAACGGUCCCGUAACUGUAUGCAUUGCAAAAGUAUCGUACUCGUACUAAUCGCAAUCAUGCAUCACAAAUCUCCAUCCCAACGUAAAACAGCAUGACAGAUUCCGUUUGUCAUGCUGAGCUAAGUUGUAACGCAACAACUACUCGUACGGAUGCUAACUCUGGACUGUAAAAAAAACCUGUAUUGCAUGCCCAGCAAGAGGAGUCUAGUUUGUGCAACGCGGGGAGGGCAUUUGUCAUGCGGAGUAGCCAUCAGGAAGCCCUCUAAAAAACUGUGAUGCUAAGUCGUGCAUUACAGACAUCCUCGGUCAUGCAAAAUAUGCAGGACAAACCCGGCAACAUUCCAGACCCAGACAUUUUUGCUUUUGCACUGCACAGGCUGCGUUCAUGCCUCCCUCGGGAAAAAGCGCAGGCACAACAGCUUCAACUUCCACUCCAAAAAAGCUUUCCGAAUUGGUAGACGACGAGCGCCGCAUCAAAAACGCCUGCGAGUCGCUGUUAUCCACAGUAAAUUUCCCGUACACGUACAAAUGCAGUCUCUGCAUGACAAAACUUGCUUCAGUCCUAGUCUAGCAUGACAAGUUGGACACUGCAAGUUAGCGAAAUUUGUCAUGCAUUUUGUACAUGAUGUACGGGAAAUUUUCACUGCAUAGCUGUUGCAGAAAAACACGGGCGCGCUCUUUGCGAAGCUCCAGCAAGACCUGCAGUCCGAGCUGGCGUAUUCAGUGCAAUAAAUUUAAAUAUGUCGGGGUCUGGAAAAAUGCAAGGUUUGUCAUGCUCGGCUAGCAAAACUCUCAGGUCUGUCAUGCACGUUACCCAAAAGCCACAUUCCUUGUCAUGCGGAAACUACGCAGUGUAGGCAACACCUAGAACAAGCAAGGUCAGAAACUUGUCAUGCUUCGCCAUCAUUUCCACUUGUGGCCUCCUCGUGAUACGCCACUCAGCAUUACAAGUUUCCAGAUUUCCCAGACAUAUUUCCAAUGCAUAUGGCGUUGCUGUUUUUGAAGGAAACCGAGGAAACGAGCAAAAAGAUGCUGCUGAAAGCCGACCUCAGUAUGAAUUGCAAAAGCAUCCUCGCCCUAGUACACAUUACAUUACAAGUUUUCUCAGCAUGGCAAGUUGGAUUUGUCAUGCUGUUUUACCUCGGAAAGAAAAUUUGUUAUGCAUGCCCACAAUUAGCACGUGUGCGACACUUUUGCACAGGAUACUCAGCGACGUGAUGCAACUGCAGGACGAAGUUGAACGGAAAGUGGCGGAAAAAAUUUCGGAGUUGGCAAGUCGCGAUGGCCGCCUAGUAGACUCAACGCCCCAGCAGCAGAUGCAGAUCAACAGCCGGGUGUGUCGCUACGUGUGGCGCGGCACGGAUGCCGACAAGCUGUGCGACCCCGUGUUUGAAUAUGAAUCAGUGAAUUUAGAAGUUUUCACGAUGCCACACACGUACAGUGAAAGUUGGUAGUACUGAGUGGAUUGCAUGACAAAACUAGUAGUCCUCCUCCUCAAUCAUAUUCAGCAUAGCUCUUCUUUAUGUCGGCGAAAUCUGUCUUGCGUUGUGUACCUGCGAAGUGGCAAGAAACAACCGUAAAUUUGUAUUGCAUACCGAAGAUGACCUAGACGCCUCGGUGCUGUCUGACGCGGCAAGUACUGGUGACGAUCGCCCCACUCCUAUAAAAUGCAAAAGUAUCUGGGUCUGGAAGACCGCGGAAAUUUGUCGUGCUGUUUUUCCGUGACACGAAAGGUCUGGCAUGCAGUCUUUAGCAUUACAGGGCUUCAGAAGGUGCAUCAAGAUCAAUGCCUGAUCUGCAUGACAAAUCCCCUCUUUCGGUGACACAAAGUGGGCCACUUUUGCUGUCCGCGUAUGACAGAUUUUUGUCUGAUUUGAAAUGCGCAUGACAAGCUCGCAUCCUUCGAGACCCAGACAUUUUUUCAAUGCAUAACGCCCCGGGCUUCGCUAAACAAAGAGCUCACGGGCGGAGGGGGUGCCAAAUCCUCGUCGUGUUUUACGAUGGUGGAGCGCACGGAAUCUGCGGCGUCGCAACCGGACGUGCAAAAAAUUUCUACCGGAGAUGGUGGAGAGGUGGUGGCGAGAAAAGGUAUAUUUUACUUACGGUCACUUGCAGCUUUCCCCCCCCCCCCCGUGCCUAACUGACCGUGAUCAUAGUAGUUGUAGCAGUCGUCAUCGAGCGAGGACAAGAACCAUUCUGUAUCAGUAUCGAACUGUGAUCAAAAAAGCAGCUCCGUUCGCAGUCAGUCACGACUGCGCUACUAGAGAUACGAUUGAAUCUGCUCCUUCAUUUCCUUCUAUGGUGUGUCUCGCAGAACCAGAAGCGUUUUAGGAGGCGAAGGGUCUUCUGAUUGCAUACUAUUUCAUUCUCACAAAUGCAAAUUCUCCAAAUCGAUCUCGAACAGACCCGACGAACAGUUGCCGUCCCAGUUGUAAACGAAAGAACUUAAUACCGUGGGAGGUUGAACUAUUAAACACGGACCCCGCGUUGUUUCAGCAAGGCCGGCCUGAUACCGGUGAUGUCGCAGCGCUGCAACAAGAAAGUCGAAGUGGUUCCACUGGGGUGGAUCUCCAAGUACAAGUCCAACAGCGAACAAGCGAUCAGCAAACCGAAAUUUUACUGACGGAAGGGGGCUAUGCAUUGCAAAUAAGGAAUCGCACUCGUACAAAUGCAUAUAUAAAUUUCCUCAGCAUGAGAAAUAAAAUUUUUAAUGCGAAUUUACCUCAAGAAAAAGAUUUGUAAUGCAGGAUUGCAAUACGAGUGCGAUACUUUUGCACAGGAUAGGGGCCUGUACUUGAUUUCCACUGCCAUGUUUGGCGGCCACAGCCCGAAACUCCGUAUUUUUUUGAAUAUCAAGUGCCAAUAUGUAGUCGGGGUCUGGAAAGUUGGAACUUGUAAAGCUAGUCUUGCAUUUCUCCUGUGAAAUCUGUCUUGCGCGACCAACGUCAAAAGUCGCAGCCUCUCUUGUACUUGUCAUACCAGAUGGAAGAACGCAGUUUCUCAUGCGGAGUGCGUAUGCGAAAGCGUUCUGCAAACUUGUCAUGCUGUCCUGCACAUUGGAAGUGUUUUCAUGAUCAUGCACACUUGUCACAAAUUUCCAGAUCUAGAGGACAUAUUUGCAAUUCAUACCGAACGGCCGGGUCCAGCUCGAGAAAUACUUGGAGAACAUGGAGCCGCAGGAGGCCACGGGAAUCUCCAUCGUCGAAUAUUUCGUGGUACUUGCGAAUUCUCGAAUAUCCAAGCAGAAAAUUGUGUUCGUGUUUUUUUUGGGUGCGACAGCAUCACAGAUAUGUUUUGCAUGAGAAGAAAAGUUGUCAAUGUCUUGCUGAAACUGCAUAUUAUCCGUAUCCAGCAUGACAACUAGUGCGGCCCUCUUGAAUUAUCGGCUGCUGCAUCACAGAUUUACACUAGCACAAAUUUUUUUCUAUGCAUACCGGAUUUCCGUUUCCUUUACAUGCGAGAUGAAGGAAGACGACUGCUAUCCACCUGAGGGGUUUCUGGAGAUACAGAAAUUGUAGUACUUCAUUUCUUCCUGGAUACGACAGUCUAGGACACCAAAGCAGGAGUUGGACGAGCAGCAUGCCAAAUGUCACGAACAGGAGCGGGACGGGGAGAAAUAGAUACAUCAUCUUCUACUACCUGUCGUGCGGAACGAGACUACAUCUACAACUCAGAAUAGAAAGACUGUGACUGUCAUGUUGCUCAAAUAGAAACCUGAAAGAAGAAGAACCAUCUGUGUGAGGGCUACCACGCUGCGGCACACCAGGACUUUGUUUUCUUCCAAGAAAAAACUAAAGAUGUAUGAAGUCGCCGGCGGUGCUACUAGUUGUAGAUGUACGUCGUGCGCGUACAAAGCAAAGAAUGCUUCCUCCUGAUGGCAGCUCCUGGUACUUGAAUGAUUCGGCUUGUUUCUUCUCGCGUUCUUUUGAGCAUCGUUUUGAGGAAACAUCUUACGCCGGGCGACAGCCAAC